AUGAGAGUUGGACCAAGUGAAGCUAUUACCACAGAAUUGAAGGGUUUUACAAUGACUGUCUCUGGAUCACAAGUGGAAUAUGCAAAUGAUGAUUUUGUGAGAGGUCAACCCCAACGUUUAGGAAAGAUAUGCGACCCCUUUGUGGCAAGGGUGAAACAAGAUAUAGAGUUGCGGUUUAAACAAGAUAAUGAUCGAAAGCGCCACUGGGAAGAGCUCCGUAGUUAUGGGAUGGUCGUUGAACUCUUCAAACAUAUAUAUUCAGUGGUAGAUGAUCCUGCAACGAACUCAUUCAUCUCGUGGGGACCCAAUGGCAAGAGUUUCAUAGUGCUGGAUCCUCAAAGAUGUGCCUGUUAUUGUUUCCCCUACAAUUUACUUGAAGAAUGUGGCUUUACAAAAACAGUGUCUGGAUCACAAGUGGAAUUUGCAAGUGAAAAUUUUGUGGCAGGCAAACCCGAGCUUAUAAAGAAGAUAAGUGAAAAGCAUAAGCCAGCGAUGAUUGCAUAA